AUGGACAACCUGACAUUCAGAAACAGCUUAGUCUUAGUGGAGGGACUGAAAAUUACACCACAGUCCAGCCAAAUUGCAUUUGUCAUCAUUUUGAUUGCUUUCAUAUUUAUAAUGGUAUCUAACAUUGGAAUGUUGAUUCAAAUCUCAGCAGAUACAAAUUUACAUCAGCCCAUGCAUAUUCUUUUCUGCCACUUGCCAGUGAAUGAUAUAAUAGGAUCAGCUGUCAUGAUACCACGUUUGUUGAAGGAUUUAUUAACUGACCACUCUGAGCGCUAUAUCACAUAUGUGGAGUGUGUUAUUCAAGCUUAUUUUAUACAUUUGUAUGGAACAACAUGCCACACAGUACUAAUGAUCAUGGCCUUUGACAGAUAUGUGGCCAUAUGCAAUCCACUGCGCUAUCCAAUCAUAAUGAAUAAUAAGAUGAUGGUUAAACUGUCAGCGGCAGCCUGGGGUGUUGCAGUUGUGCUGGUGGGAAUUUUGAUCGGUCUCAGUGUGCGUCUGUCUCACUGCAGAUCAGUGAUUCAAAACCUCUAUUGUGACAAUGCUUCACUGUUUAAACUGUCCUGUGAAAAUGUUUUGAUUAAUAAUGCAUAUGGAUUAACCUUUACUGUGGUUUUAUUCACUACCUCAGUGGGGUGGAUGCUAAUGACAUAUAUCAGGAUAGCUUUGGUAUGCUUAAAAAGCAAAAAUAAAGCAACAAACAGCAAAGCCAUAAAAACCUGCACUACUCAUUUGGCUGUUUAUUUGAUCUUGCUGAUCUGUGGAUUCACCCCAAUUGUAUUCCAUCGUUUCUCAGAAUAUGUUGAAGAAAGGAAACUAGCUACCAUAAUGUUCCAUGUUAUACCACCGGGCUUGAAUCCAAUAAUAUAUGGUUUACAGGCCAAAGAAAUAAGACAAAGGCUUUUUAAACUUUUCAGACAUAAAAUUAAUUCUUAA